AUGAAGCGAAGAAACCGAUUUAACAUUGAGACUGACAAGAAGACGAACAAAACAAGCAGAGUGGAUGACGAUAUACGCGCCAAGCUGUGGAUAAACGCGAGCGAGGAGCCUUCUAGCAACCUCUGCGCAACGCGGAGCAUACCCCCAUCGACGCCGUACAGCUUGGUUGAAUUGUGUUUGCUCGUCGUGAGGGACAACUUCAAGCAGCUCUAUCAGUCGUAUAGGGAUGCGUUUGUAGAGUCGUUUCGGCUGCUCCCAGAGACGCACCGCGAGCGAUUAGGCAGAAGUAUUCUGAAGGAGCACUCGCAGAUAAUUAGCCUCAAGCUGAUACAGGAGCUCUUCACUAUCCCACCAAAUAUAAGCCUGAACCAGAGCAUCCCAGCACUCAACAGCAAUCAGUACCCGAAGCUGCUGCGUGAGCUGCCUGGCGGGCUAACAACGCUAGAUUUAGUAGGAUUCACUGAGCUCAGUGAUCUUUCCGGACCGCUAUUUGUAAAGAAAUCGCCCCAUCUUCGCUUCCUCAAACUGCGUGGAUGUCUUUCUUUAGGUGAGCGGACUAUCGAGGCCACUUCGACACUCAAGGAGCUGGAAGAGCUCGAUAUAUCAUUCACAGCAGUACCUCUGUCCGGCCUCGCAAAAGUACUCACUAGCUGCUGCAAGCUCCGGCGACUAGACAUGAACGCCGUAGGAAGAGUAAGCACAAAGAACACGGCGCAGUGGGACCAGAUGCUCGAUGUAGUGGUGAGGUCGUCGAUAGAUGCCAAUCUCCAGCCCCUCUCCCAUCUUGAGCAUCUCAACGUCGGCGAGUGCAACAUCUCCGAUGCAGCGCUCGGUCGCUGGCUAACACUCACACCGAGUCUCAAGGCACUUGACUGCCACGAGUGCGAAAUCACCAACCCAAUGCUUUUCCUUCCUCCCAACCUUCACCAGCAGCUCGUGAAGAUAGAUAUCUCGCGAAUGAGUCUUGACCUCGCAAAUUUCAGGUUCUUCUAUAAAUCCCUGCUCACAAGUGAAAAAAUAAAGGUGCUUUGGAUGUCCGGGGUCGUAAGGAAUAUUAGCGCGAGUGAUAAUGAAUAUUUAUUGACCAACGAGCUGCUCACCCCUGAAGACCAAGAUAAGGCGAUCGGAUUUGCACCUACAGAUAUCAAUUGGAGUAACAAUCCGCGUUUGAGGGGAAAAGAAUGUCUCAGACAUCACAUCACCAGCAGUCUCAAGUACCUCAAUCUGUCUGGAUCGACGUUCGAGGGGAGUGCAUUUAACGAGGCUGUCACUCAGAACAAACCAGUGCGGCUGGAAAAUGUGCAGCUCAACGAGUGUGUUAUCGAUGACGAGGUGGUUGAGGGUAUACUUAAGCUAAAGGGGUUAAAGUCACUCGGACUUAUGAAAACGUCGAUUGCGGAGGACUCAUUGAAUCGCAUUAUCGACAGCUGUCCAUUGCUAGACUCAAUUAAUCUCACACUGUCGAGAAAUAUUAAUGUUCGACACCGCCGAACUUACUUUGAGCAGUACGAGCAGAGCAAGAGAAUGUAA